CGCAGGAAAGAAUAUGCCUUGCUUUUGCUUUUCAAGUUUUAAAACUCUUUCUUUCACCUCUUUUACUUUGAUCCUUCACUUUUUCUCUUGUACUAUUAUAUAUGCUUCAUUUCAUUUAGAUGGACGGUCCAAAUGCAGCAAUAGUAUAUUUGUCAACUGAAUGGCAAAAUCAAAGUCCCGCUCCCGCACCAGGUCAAAUGCCUACCCCAUGUAAUUUAUAAUUUACUCUCUUUUAGGUCUACAUUAAAAUCAAGGGCAUGGAAAUCUAAUGCAAGUGUUUGGUAAGAAACUUGGUUCCUUCCCCAUGUUUCUCGGUUAUGGCUCCCAUUUUCGCAUUCACUUCAGUUGAAGAAAAAUAUAGCAUUAGAGAAAGAGCAAAGGACAAUCAAAGGGAUAGAAUAGCCCAGAAGGGAUGAAAUGCUGUCAUAUGGGUAAAUUGGACUGGUCAAAAAAAUCCCCUUCAGACGUUGCUCAAAGUGGAUUCAGGCAUGGAUUAAUACUCAAUGCUAUACACUUAUCAUGGAAAUGGAGAUGCAAAUACGACUGGUGAUAGCAAGAAUUUUCCUCUUUCAAUCGCAGAGACAGAUGAGUCUGUCAACGAAGCCUGAAGCUGUCACUCAAAAACUCAAUUAAGGGAGCGAUUUCCCUGCCUGGGCCAGUGGCCUGCUUGGGAUAGGUACACAAUUAAUAACCAUUGUCUUUCUUGCCAAACGUAUCUGCCAACAGAACAAAAAAACGGGAUUUACUUUGGUCUUUGACAGGAUCGGGUCUCAACUUUCAAAUUAAAAUGUUAUACAUCAAACUUUUUCCCAUUGAAAAUCAACAUCCAUGAGAUAAAAAUAAGCAGACUAGAUUCAAAUCAAAGUCAACUUCAAUUACAGUUUGCCUGCAUUUCUUUUUUCUUCUUCAUCUUGCAACCAUGGCCAUGGUCUUUGAUGGUCUCCUAAGUUGAUUUUUAUAAUUCAAUCUUAAGCAAAUAAAUUAUUUCCCUUUUCAUGGCAUCUUCUUCAUAAACCAGUAUCAAACAUUAAAAAAACAAAGUAUCCAAUGAUUUUUGUUACACCAAACCUUCAUUAAGCUAUACAUAUAGAUACUAUUGUAGAAAAAAAAUGGAUUCAAUCUAUGAUUUGAUCUCACUAACACCCACAAAAAGUCAAAUCUUGUUAAUAUCAAAUUGUUAAUGUAGUAAUUAAAAAUCUUCUUAUCAGAAUUUGUUUUCUUCUCUUCUCAUGAGCAUCUAGUGCUUAAAUUAAGACAAAUGGCAUAGCAUUUUUAAACUGAAAAUCUAGCAUCCUUAUCCCACCAAAUGUAUUUAAAAAGAAAAACAGUAACUUUGACAUUUGAUUGAGUGGAAACCUUAUUUCUUACCAGCAGUGGUAUAAUAUAAGAAAAGAAAUCUCAACUAAAAUAUAAACCCUAAAUCUCAACAAAAAUAUUUAAAAAAACAGUCCAAAAAGUUACCGGGAAUACCAGGUAAUAAACCGGUCACUCCCAAAUCCCAAAUAAAAUACUGUAAACAAAAGGCCAAUCUUUACUUUUCUCUCUUUCCACUCAUUGGUUCUUUAAUUCUGUCUCUAAAUUAUAGAUAUUGUAAUUUCAAUUCUCAUAGACCGAUCUCUCUUUUUUUUUCUCUUCAAGUCUCCGAUUGAAUUUCUUGGUCACUUUCCCGCAUUUUCUCGGAAAAGAAAGAGGAAGAAAGUAUGGAAUUUCCAGCAAUUGUGUCAGCUUUUUUCUUAAUCGAGUGACUGAAACGACACAGUUUCAUAAACAAAUACUGCAAAAACUUUUUCCUUUGAGGGUUUUCGAGCUGAUUUUUGAAGACUUUGAGGAUAAGAGAAAUGAGGUUUUUUGCGAGGUGAAUUUUGGAUGGUAAUGAGAUAGCUCUGUGGGUUUUUUAGAAUUUGAAUGAAGCUUAGAGUGGGCGGUAGAAUUGUAAAUUUGAGGCAGUUUUCUGUGGUGACAGGCUGAGAUCUGUUUUUGGAGUUUUCAAGGGACUGAUUGAUGAAUGUAUGUACUGUAAGUUGAAAGUAUCUAUGCAAUUGUUUAUGUUAAAGGGUUUUUGAAGUGGCUUAAGCUUUCUAUUUAUGAGGAAUAUGAUGAUUUUCUGGAUUUUAUUAGUGGGUUUUUGAUAAUUUUGAGGGUUGGAUAGGCAAUGUUGAGGAUUGGAGUGAACUAAAGGGAAAGAGCUGAUAAAGUGGCAACUUAGGUCUGCUUUGAGGUUUAAAUAAAGCUGAGAUCUCGAUACUCUGUGUUGAUUUGAGAGAUUUCUUAAUCUAUGUCCGGUGCUCCAAGAUUAAGGUCGAUGAAUGUCGCCGAUUCUGAGGCCAGACCCGUACUGGGACCUGCGGGGAACAAGGCAGGUUCAUUGAGUGCAAGAAAACUAGCUUCAAAGCCUUCAAGAAAAGUUGAAAAGUCUCCAGUUGAUGUCACUGUAGCAGAGGAGAAAAAAGCCCUUCCAUCAUCUACAGUUAAUUCACUUUCUCCAAAAACGCAUUCUGUUAGUGUUCCUUCAGUGCUACGCCGCCAUGAGCAGUUGUUACAUUCUAAUUUAUCACUAAAUGCUUCAUGUUCAUCCGAUGCUUCCACGGAUUCUUUUCACAGUCGAGCAUCUACUGGUAGGUUAAUUCGUUCAAAUAGCGUAGGAAGUAGACGGAAGCCAUACCCAUCAAAGCCUAGAAGCGUUGUUUCUGAUGGUAGUUUGGAUUCGCCACCUGAUGGUUCACAUCAGAAGAAGAGAUGUGCAUGGGUGACACCAAAUACAGAUCCAAUUUAUGCUGCUUUCCAUGAUGAAGAGUGGGGAGUUCCUGUACAUGAUGACAAGAAAUUGUUUGAGCUGCUUGUACUUUCCGGUGCAUUGUCUGAACUUACAUGGCCUGCUAUCCUAAGCAAAAGGCACUUAUUUAGGGAAGUUUUUGUGGAUUUUGAUCCUGUUGCUGUAUCAAAAUUGAAUGAGAAGAAGUUAAUAGCACCUGGUAGCAUGGCAAGUUCCUUGUUAUCAGAACUAAAGCUACGUGCCAUCAUUGAGAAUGCACGCCAAAUAUCUAAGGUUAUAGGUGAGUUUGGGUCAUUCGACGAGUAUAUUUGGAGUUUUGUGAACCACAAGCCUAUAGUUAGCAGAUUCAGAUAUCCUCGCCAGGUUCCAGUUAAAACUCCAAAAGCAGAUGUAAUAAGCAAAGAUCUGGUAAGAAGGGGUUUUCGAAGCGUGGGGCCCACAGUCAUCUACUCUUUCAUGCAAGUGGCGGGAAUAACAAACGACCAUCUCACAAGUUGUUUCAGAUUCCAGGAGUGUAUAACAGCGGCAGAAGGAAAAGAAGAAAAUGGGAUCAAAGAUAUGCCUGAAGAGAAAAAAAUUGAUAGUGUUAUAGAAUCAGAAUUAUCCAUAGCUAUUGAUGAAUUGAGUUUCUCCUCAGAAUGAUGUUGGCUGGUGGCAUAUGGUGCUCCAGGUCCGAUCAUCAGUUUACCGUGUUGACUGAUUCACUACUCUUUACUUUUUGGGUAGUAAUGAAAGGUGGUCGUGUAUAAAAUUUUCAUGAAUACUUUUGCAUCAUGAAUUUGCUAGAUUGUAGAUUUCUAAAAAAGUAAGUUAAAAUUAACUGGUGAAUGUGCUGUUGAUGGGGCCUGUCUGUCAUGGAAGUCUUAAAACAUGAUGUACCAUUUAUUUGUAUAGUUGAAAAGGAUAGCAAUUAGAGAUCAUAUUUAAUAUACUAGACACUGGCUUCUGAAGCUGCAGGCUGCAGGAAAUUGCCACUGGAUCUUUCGCCAUCAGAUUCUUGACCAUUCUGUUAUUAAGUGGGACUGGUUGUGGGUGGAUUUAUUAAGUAUUAACGCUUUAAGUUGCUUGACAGCUAAAACUUACACUGACAAGUCGAUUUGCUUUAAAUGUAUGUCACAAAGGGUUAGGGGCAAAAUGUUAGUAUGUCCUAAAGGACGGGGGAGGAGUGCAUCUUACAAGACAUGCUUUCUUCUGUUGGGACCCAA